AUGAGUCACCACUUGUUUACCUCACCUCUUAUAAAAGUACCUACACCCAACUUUGAGGAAUUUUUGAAGCGAACCAUUGAACGUAUGAGCCCUUCUACAUUAAUUAAUUCGUAUGGAAAAGGAAAAGGACUUGAUGCACACUUACUUGAGAGAACUUGGCAAAUGGUGUGGUACCGAACUGCAACAACCGUAGCCCCAAAGGAUACAUCAGUUAGUCCUGAUGUUGGUGCUACAUUUAGCGCGAACGGAUUUCUAGAUUUUUUUGUUAACAGUGAUUAUUGUUGGGGAAUUGAGCUAACUCGGGAGGGUAAUCGUUUGAAAGAGCAUGCAGAAAGAUUUGUUAAUGGUGGUAAAUACGACAAGAUUCCGAUGAAAAAUUGGGCUAUCAUUGAUUUCCGAUGUUAUCAAAAAGAAGUAAAGGAAUUAAAAACAAACUUUUGGUACGUUCUUUAUGCGAAUGACUAUAAAAGUGUUACUAUAAAACGUAGUGGUCAGCAGGAUGAAGUUCUUUUCUUGAAAGGCGAUAAAGUGUAA